CCUCGACUCGAGGCUCGCGAGCCGCCGCCCAGAAGGCCAAGGCCACGAAGGUUAAGGCCAAGCCGGCCAAGAAGCCCGCGGCCAAGAAACCCGCGGCCAAGAAGCCCGCGGCAAAGCCCAAGAAGGCGCCGGCGCGCGAGCAAAUUGGGAAAGAGAUGCACCCCCCCCCCGAAGGUUUGUCUCAGGCGCCCGCGAAGAGGGGACGAGGCAGACCGCGCAAGGACGCCCCGAAGCCGAUACCCGCGCCAAAGGAGGCCCCGGCGAAGAGGGGACGAGGCAGGCCGCGCAAGGACGCCCCGGCUACUGAGAAGACCGCUCCCGAGAAGAAGCCCGCGAAGCCAAAUGCUGCCGUUAAGAGGCGCGCGCCCCCCGCGGUGAAGGAGGUUGGCCAGCACUCCGACGACGAGAGCCUGGACGAGCUGAUUGCGGCGGAAAAAGCGAAGGAGAGAGCGCCGCCCCCGCCUCCGGAGCCCGCGGUGGAGAACUGGACAAUCUCCAUGGCGACCCCCAUGGGCACCCUGCCGGUCGAGGUGACGUCCUUGGUGACGGUGACGGACAUCAAGCAGCUCGUCACGGCAAAGACCGGGGGAAGGCUACCCCCGGAUCGACAGAUCAUCAAGCUGAACGAACGGCUCAUCGACGACUUUGGCCCGAAUGCGACGCUCGCCAACCACGGCUUGAAACACCGCUCGAUGCUCACGCUCACGUUCAUCCGGAACGCCAAGUCUCCCGCCAAGUCCCCGACCGUGGACAGGACGCGCGAACACUCGAGAGCGCUCCAGACGGUGCCGAGCCCGCCAAGAGAAGAGCGCCCCGCCAAGGAGCGCCGGACGGGUUGGCAGCCGGAGAGCGUGACCCGCCGCGUGGGUCCCCGCGAGAGGGACCAGAGCGCCCAAGGGACCAAACACAAAUGGACGCGAGAGGAGAGCGAGCUCGUGGCCGAGGGAGUCGCUAAGUACGGGUACGGGGAGUGGGCGGCGAUUCAGAAGGAGCUGUUCGCGGAGUCUGCGCGCACCUCCACAGACAUCAAGGACCGAUGGAGGAACAUGCUCAAGGCGGCGAGCAAGCCGAACGACUUCAAGUUUCGCUCCUUCAUGGACGACGAUUUGCGCGAGCAGAUCAACGAGGCGCAGAACAAGGCUGACGAGUACCAGCAGAAGAAGCUGAUGGAGGUGGAGAGGCAGAGGCAGGAGAUGAUCAGGGUUCGGGGGCAGAUAGCGUGAGAGGAGCUGCGGGAACAUAGUGUACAAUCGCCAAACGGUUGGCCAAACAAAUGUAUCAAUGAAUCGAAACUAAUACGUAUCCGCAGCGGACUCGAGAUCGCGGGGUCGUCACUAGUAGACAUUAUUUUACUCAUCGAACACCUUGCACUCCUCCGCGUUGGGGUCGUCGGCGCAGAGCUUGUCCAUCUGGUCGACGUUGAGACCAGAGCCUCCAGCAGUCGCAUUCUCCAGGUACGCCAUCCUCGCGCCGGGGACCUGCUUAUCGAUGUCGAUCCACGCCUGGCGGCCGGCAUCAGCAUCCUUAGCCUCGAGCGCGGCGGCUUCCUCGCACUGCUUCUUCAUGUAGGUGCUCAUGCUAGACCACACGCUGGCGCGCACGACGAGCGAUUUUCCCCUGCGCAUGGGCUGGGCACGCACGGGGGAGGAUUUGCUGACGCGGGCGACGGAGGCGACGCGAGCCCUGGCGGAGAGGGUGUUGGCGGAGGCGGAGAUGGUAAAAGACAUGGUCG